UCAACUUUGGUGACAUAGGUUAACAAAUCAAUUCUCUUGAACCUUUUCACAUAUCACAACUCGGGAUGUUACAAUUUGUUAAAGGCCAGGAAAUCUUUUUCAGCUUUUUAAAAAUCUGUCAACUUUUGAAAUCAACAAAAUCUACAUAAAUCACUCUCUCAAUAACCUUUCUAAUAAGUCUUAAUAUUCGAUUGAAUGAUUAUUAAAAUAUUUUCUCCAGAAAAUCAGCAAUUACUGUAUUAAAAAUUCUAUUUGGCAGGAGAUUUGUGACAAACUAUUUUUUUGUGUGUGACUAAACUGUCAAAACACGUGUAUAUAAACACUGCAUAAUAUUACAAUAUGGUGGUAGUUGGACUGAAAUCUUAAAUAAAUGUUUCUACUGUUUUUAGUAGAUGAUAUUUUGAAGAUUUUUUUCUUUCAAAUUAGAUAAAGUUUUUAAUUUAUUAUGUAAAAUUUAUUGAUUUUUAUGUUGUAUGUCCUUCUAAAUUAUACAAAAUAUUGUUCUAUUAAUUAAAUUAUGAUUAGUUAUAUAUUUAUGAUGUUUUAUUUAGAAAUAUGUAAAAUUAAAUAUUUUCUUAGUUUGUAUUCACAAAUUUAAAGUGUCAGAUAAAAGAAAAUGGAGGAAGUAGAGUUUUAUUCAGGAUAACUUUUAAUUUACUAUAUUCUACCCGGUUAAUUAAAAUGGACAAUUUACUAUGGGUACGACUUGUAGGCGUGAUUAAAAGUUAUAACCUAGUUGGGAAAUGGGAAGCGAGAUGAUUUGACAAACACAAGACACUGUUUGGUUUCAGAGACUUCCUUUAAGCAUCAAAACACAAUCAAAAGCGAAGCCUCUUGAGUUACUGCAAAUAGAGAAUAUUAUUACUCUUUUGCGACUUGUCAGUUUUCAGAUAUUCUUCUCACAUGUACAUAUUAUUUUCACGGUAAACAAAGCCUUAAAUAAGAAACCCUGAUUGGACUUUUGAUCUGACUCUACUUCACUCUUUCUAUUUCUUUAUUUUCAGUCAUCAUGUCUCUCUAACCCUUAACGUCUUUCUACUUCACCCUUUGUGUGUUGCAUUUUCUCACAUCUUUGAACAUUGAAUAUGUUUUGUUUUAACGAGGCCGAGUUGCUAUUCAUGAUUUAAAUCGAUAACUAUAUAUUAGUGACAUGUUUCAUACAACAACAUGAAAACAACAUUGAAUACGGGUGACACAGUUUAUUCGUUUACAAUUAACAACGUCAAUUAGGUAUAUAGCCUAUUUCUGCUAUAACAUUAUGGGCGCAAAUUCUUAUUUUCUGUCCACAAAAAAAAGAAACGUUAUGACAAACCGCUCGAUCACAUCACAUGUAUCUUGAUUAUAAAAAAGUAUUCGCAUAUUUAUUUAUUUUUAUUUGCUAAACAUAUUUCCUAUUUCUAAUUCUCACUUUUAUGAACGUCUACUUCUUAUUUUUUUUCUUUAUAAUCUUCUGUUUAGAAACUACUUUCUUUUGACCAAAAAAAAGAGAAACUACUUUCGUUUUUCCAAAACUACGUUCAUAUAUUUCUUUUUAAAACUAACGUUCUUAUUUUUUUUUAACAACCGAAAUUUAUUAUAUUAUUAGAACUUGAUACAAAUACAUAAUUCAAAUGAAAUAAAAAACAACAAAAAAUAUAGUAAAAUGAUUAGAAGACAAUAAUAGAUCAAGUGAUAUAAAGCAUCGAUCUUCUUUAUUUGUAGAGUAUUAACUCUAAUAUUCUUCUUACGAACAUUAGAUCUUCGUCGCAUCAUUAACAUCAACUUCCUUUGUUGUAUUAUGUUAGCCUUGACCCAAAUUAGAGGUAUAAAUAUUCUCUGGUAAAGAAUUCAAUGCAUUGAUUCAACCGUGAAGAAUAAAGUCUAAGAGCAUCUCCAAUGUACACCUCUAUAUUUUUCUCUAAAAUAGAGAUCUCUAUUAUAGAGGUAAAAAUGCUCCAAUGUAUGUCUCUAUAAUAGAGUUUCUUUAUUUUAGAUGAAAAUACAGAGGAAAGUUACUUUUUGCCUCUAUAUUUAGAGGUGGAAAUAACAUAUCUCUAUAUUUUUUCCUAUAAAUAGAGGAACUCUAUUAUAGAGGCAUACAUUGAAGCAUUUUCACCUUUAUAAUAGAGUUUCUCUAUUUUAGGGGAAAAUAUAGAGAUAAAAAUAGAGGUGGAUUGCAGAUGGUCUAAGAUGACCAACUUUUAACGACAGUAAGAAUGUCGCCAUACAACAAAGAGAAAACAUCUUUCAUCAUGUAAUGUUGUUUUUUCCAUGGUGGUUUCCAUGGUUUCAACGCUAGAUCAGAUUUAUCUAUAUUUUUAUACCAAAUAUAUUGUAUCAAAAUGUAGAUUUUAAAAGAUUUUUCACCUUUACGUGAAGUAGCUCUUCCAUUUCUGAUCUCAUUGUGUACCUUCUACAAUCCGGUUUUUCUAUGUAUUUUUUUGGUAAAAGCGUUCUUCUUUGUUUUUUUAGUAACUCAAAGCGUUCUUCCAUGUUGCACAAGUUUCCCAUCUUUUCUUGAUGAAACUUUAAUUAGUGGACUGUAUUAAAUCCUAUUAUAUAUGUAAAAUUUUCGUUUCUAAUCCAAAUAUAAUAUAUGUGAUUUCCUCCAACAAAAGUCGUUAAAUUAAGGGGCAUAUACAUAUAUUUCUUCUUCAAACUUGUAGUAGACUAGUAGCAAUUGACUGGUUUCCAUUUCUAAGAAUUUAGAGAACUAACUGUCUAACUUUAAAUAAAAACUUUUAAAAAUUUGAAUAAACACAUUUAAAAGAAAGGAAAUGAUAUAAUUGGGUUGUUUGAGUUAAUAAAAUUAAAUCUAGAAUAACUUGCACAAUAUUCUUCAAGUAUUCUCUGAUUUGAUCUUCAAUGAGUACAAUUUGUCUGGCUAUUAUCAAAAAGAAAAAGAAGAAGAGGAGCGUGCAUGUAGAUUACGAUAAAACUAGAGUUGAAAAAGAAGACGAAGAUGUGAUCAAGUGUGAAAAGUAUUGGAGUAGUCUCUGAAUUAAUAAUGUCGAUGCUGGGCAUGACAAGAUAACUCUGUAGCUCUCAACAUUAAGAACCAUCACUUCCUCUGCCACCAUUUUCACGUUUACCCACACAUAUACAAACAAAAAUUUGUUAGUCAAUUGAUAUAAACAAACUGUUGUUAUAACAAGGUUUUUUGGAUAGUUGUGCUUGUGGAAGUUUGGUCUAGUUAAAACUGUUCGAAUGAUACCAAAUUCAUCCGGUAUAUAUAUUGAAUACAUACUACUUUACAAUUUAUUAAUAAAAGAAAUUCAAACUCCUUGAGAAAUUUUAGUUGUUUUGGAGUUAACAUUUUUCUUGUCUUCUGCAUUUGACUGGUUUAGUUUUUUUUUUUUUUUUUUUUGGAAAUGGGCUUCUUGACUGGUUUAGUUAGCACACUAGAAAAUAUAAAUAACGUAUACUAACUUAUUUGAAAUAAUUUAUAGCUCAUCAUACAUUAAAAAAUAAAUAUUAAUUUAGAUACAAAAAGUUCCCUAUUAUUUCUAUACUUAUUGGUGUGUCACACUGUACCUUUUUAACAAUAAAGAAACACGUUUUCUUUUUAUUCUUCAAUAUAAAGAAGUUAUGUGCUUUGUAUAAAUUCAGUUUACCUUGGUUUUUGCUUUUAACAUAUUUCAUUUACUCUGCCUAUAUAUAAGUUAUUCUUUUAUAUAUAAAUAUAUGCCACUUUACUCUGUUGAAUAUCAAAAACCCAUGCAAGAAGUAGAGAGUGACUAGAGAACUACUUUGUCUUCUCUUUGUUACUUCUUCAAAAGCUAUAUACAUACAAUCUCCGCCUCUUUUACCUACGAUGAGUUUUGCAUAACUUUCACAAAAACUUCCCCAAAAAAUCACUAAAAGCUAAAUCUUCCUUUUUUUCCCAACCAAAGAAGAAAACUCCAAAUCCAUUUCAGACAGAGAAAAUCUCAAAUCCCUUUUUCACCGUAUCUUUCACAUGCCAAAGCCUAAACAUCAAAAUGGAAAGAAAUAUGUUCAUCACUAACCCAUCUGCACACUUACCGUUCUCUUACACCUUCACCAGUAGCAGCAACAGUAGCACAACCACUAGCACAACCACAGAUUCAACCUCCGGUCAGUGGAUGGACGGUCGGAUUUGGAGCAAGCUACCUCCUUCGCUUCUUGACCGUAUCAUCGCUUUUCUUCCACCUCCAGCGUUUUUCCGGUCACGUUGCGUCUGCAAGAGAUUCUACGGUCUACUUUUCUCCAACACUUUCCUCGAGAUAUAUCUACAACUACUUCCUCCCCGACACAACUGUUUCCUCUUCUUCAAACACAAAACCCUCAAAAGCUACAUCUACAAGAGAGGAGGUGGAGGAGGAGCAAACGAUGAUGGUUCCAAUAAAGCUGAAGGCUUCUUGUUUGACCCUAAUGAAAUCAGAUGGUAUCGUCUCUCUUUUCCUUACAUCCCUUCAGGGUUUUAUCCUUCAGGUUCAUCUGGAGGGUUGGUGAGUUGGGUCUCUGAAGAAGCUGGUCUCAAAACCAUUCUAUUAUGUAACCCUCUUGUUGGAUCCGUGAGUCAGUUGCCACCAAUGUCAAGGCCAAGGCUGUUCCCUUCGAUAGGUCUCUCAGUAACUCCAACUUCCAUUGAUGUUACCGUCGCCGGAGACGACCUCAUAUCUCCUUACGCCGUGAAAAACCUCUCCUCGGAGAGUUUCCACGUUGACGCCGGAGGGUUCUUCUCCCUUUGGGCGAUGGUUUCUUCUCUGCCGCGGCUUUGUAGCUUGGAAUCAGGUAAGAUGGUUUACGUGGGAGGCAAGUUUUAUUGUAUGAACUAUAGCCCUUUUAGCGUUUUGUGCUAUGAGGUUACGGGAAACCGUUGGAUCAAGAUCCAAGCUCCGAUGAGGAGAUUUCUCCGGUCUCCAAGCUUGUUAGAGAGCAAAGGAAGGCUCGUUCUCGUGGCGGCCGUUGAGAAAAGCAAGCUUAACGUUCCCAAAAGCCUUAGGCUUUGGAGUUUGCAGCAAGAUAACGCCACGUGGGUCGAGAUCGAAAGGAUGCCUCAGCCGCUCUACACACAGUUUGCAGUGGAAGAAGGCGGAAAAGGGUUCGAGUGUGUCGGAAACCAAGAGUUUGUAAUGAUUGUGUUAAGAAGGGCUUCACUUCAGUUGCUGUUUGAUAUGGUGAGAAAGAGUUGGUUGUGGGUCCCACCGUGUCCAUACUCCCGUGGCAGCAGUGGCGGUGUUGGCUCAGGUGGUUCAGAGGGAGAGGUGCUGCAGGGUUUUGCUUAUGACCCGGUACUUACUACACCCGUGGUUAGUCUUCUUGAUCAGUUAGCACUUCCAUUUCCUGGAGCCUGUUAGUUUUUAGGCUUUUGUCAAGAAACUACGUGCCGUUUCCAUUUCUAGCGUUAAGACUACUUGUUGCUUUUAGAAAAUUGUGUUGCAUUAAAAAAACUAUGUUGCUUUAUCUUAUUGCUUUGUAUCCUCUGUUUGUAGCCCUUGUAGUAAGAUUAUAUUUCUAAUGUCU